AAAAAUAUUAAUAGAAAUUAAAAAAAAAGAAAAAUAAAAUAACAAAUAAUAUAAAUUGUGGAAAAAAAUUAGAAAAAAAUUAAACAAAAAUGCCUAAAGUUGAUCCAGAAACUCAAAAAUUAUACGAUGAAAUUAAUGGAUUAAUACAAAAGUUUCAGGAUGAUCAAAAGGCCAAAGCCGAUUGUACUCUCCAAGAAAAAUGUGGUGAUAUGUCUGAUAUACCAAAAAUACGUUUAGCACCUAAAAAGAUACUCAAGGGACACAUAAAUAAAGUUAAUUCGGUUCAUUUUGCCGGAGAUUCAAGACAUUGUGUAACCGGAUCACUAGAUGGUAAACUAAUCAUAUGGGAUACUUGGACAGCUAAUAAAGUACAGGUUAUACCCUUACGUUCGGCCUGGGUCAUGACGGUGGCCUUUUCACCCUCUGGCAAUUUUGUGGCUUGCGGCGGUAUGGAUAAUCAAUGUACGGUUUAUGAUGUCAACAAUCGUGAUGCUUCGGGUGUGGCCAAAAUGACUAGAGAAUUAUUAGGCUAUGAGGGUUUCUUAAGCUCUUGUCGCUUUUUGGAUGAUACCCAUUUAAUAACCGGUUCGGGAGAUAUGAAAAUUUGCCAUUGGGAUUUGGAAAAGGGUGUCAAGACUAUGGAUUUUAAUGGUCAUGCUGGUGAUAUAGCCGGUUUAUCUUUAUCGCCCGAUAUGAAUACCUAUAUUACGGGUUCUGUAGAUAAAACCGCUAAAUUAUGGGAUGUACGCGAGGAUACGCAUAAACAAAUGUUUUUCGGUCAUGAAAUGGAUGUCAAUUCGGUUUGUUAUCAUCCUAGUGGCAAUGGUUUUGCAUCUGCUUCUGAGGAUCAAACAGCACGUUUAUAUGAUAUAAGAUCUGAUCAACAAAUUGCCUUAUAUGAACCGCCACAAAAAAAUACUGGUUUCACUUCUUGUGCCCUAUCAACUAGUGGACGUUAUUUAUUGUGUUCAGGUAUUGAGGGCAAUAUACAUUCAUUUGAUACCAUGAAAGUAUGUCAUAAUGGUAUAAUGCAAGGCCAUGAAAAUCGUAUUACAUGCAUUAGUUUGUCACCCAAUGGCAUGUGUUUGGCCUCCACUAGCUGGGAUCAACAAGUACGCUUGUGGCUUUAAGUUAACUUGCUGUAAAAAUUAUGUUUUUGGAAAAUUUUAUUUUUAAAUAUUUUUGGGGAAAAGCCAUUACAAGCCGACGACAACAUUUACAAAUAAUAAAAAGUAUUUAGCUAAUUAAAAUAUUAAAUAAAAAAUGUUAAAUAAUAAAUAUUAAAAUUUGUAAACCAAGAUUUGAAAUAAAAUCUCGAAAA